UUUUUCUGAGUUCUAUGGUUCAUUUCUGUGAGGCGUUGACUUGAAACAAUUUGGAAUCGAUUUUCAUACAGAAAAGAGAUCCAAAUUAUGUCUAGUUCCACGACUAAUCCACAAAGUUCAUCAUCAUCAUUGUAUUCGUCAAUUAUAUCUCCUGAAUAUAGUACUGAAAACUAUCUCUCCUGGAUCUAUAACACCUAUCUUUUCCUUAAGCGAGCUACUGUUACUCUUCCAGAUUAUUCUGUCAAAAAUGGUUUCUUCUCCGAUAUAAUCUGCGACCUUCUCAAGAUUGACCGUAUAGAACGUGGUCGUGUCGCUUGUUUUUUCACCGUCAAGUCAUCUGUAGUUAAUACUUAUGGUACCUUGCACGGUGGUGCAGUUGGGGUAAUUGCAGAGUUGGUGUCUUUGGCCUGUGCUCGAACCUUUGUUGCUAAAGACAAGGAUUUGUUUCUUGGGGAAUUAAGCAUUUCUUAUCUCGCUGCAACAAGUGCAAAUAUAAGUCUAAAACAAAAUUUUGCAUUGCUCCUUCCGCUAAUUGAGAUCUUAUUUGAAUUGCAAAAUUUAAUUUAUUGGUUACUGGAUUUCAUCUGCUCAAAAUUGCGACUCUUACGAGCAUUAUGUAUAUCUCCAAUAUUCGUUAUCCUUUCUCAAUAUUUUGACAGCAAAUUUCUGUAGAAAUUAUUAGUAUUGAAUGGAAAUCCAUCCACAAUAUUAGUGUUGAAAGGAAAUCCAUCAUCCAUCCACAAUAACAUGCGCACCUCUUUGAUUGAAGUAUCACUGUAUGCGUGACUAGAUUUGGAGGGUUUUGAAACUUUGAUAUGUUUAUCCUUUGUCUUUAGGUGGAACUUGAAAUUGAGGGGUGUGUGGCCAGGAGUGGAAGAAAUAUAACUACAACUUCAGUUGAUUUCAGAAUAAAGGAGUCAAGGAAGAUGGUUUACACUGCUCGUGCUACUUUCUAUGCAACACCGGUUUCAAAUCUUUGAAGAUUGAUUCCGACUUAGAUUGGAUAUGGUGAACUGUUAGUACUCCCCAUGGCUGACGGAGUGAUGCAAGUACAUCAUCAUAUUCCGCAUUUCACAAGUGUACUACAGUAUGCGAAUUUAAGGAAUACCAAGGCAUACUCAUUAUUCAUGUGAUGAAGCUACAAGGUCAUAUGGUUAAUGCAAACAUCAGCGGUUAAACUGGGCUUGGGCUUGGACUCGGUUGGUUGAUCUUGUAUUUGUUCUGAAAGAUGUUAUUUUUCUCCUCAUGUAAAGUCCUUGUUUUCGGUCGGAUGAUCAUGAAUCAUCUGUGUUUUCUAUCUUUGAUUGUUUGAGAGAGAUAUUAAA